CGCCGCCGCCGCCGUCGCCGUCGCCUCCGCCUCGGACUGCGGCUUCCUCGGGGCCGCGGCCGCAGGAAGGAAGGAAGGAAGGAAGGACAGAACCCCUCACCCGCGCCGCCGACGCCCGGCCCGCCCGCUUCGCCCCGGCCGGUCUCCCCAUGACUGCACCCGGCCCCGCUGCCGACAGACGUCGCCCCAGCGCCCGGGUCUAACACGGAAGCGCGGGUCGGGGGCCGCGGAGGGAGGAGCAGGGAGAUCCGGCGGGUCCCGCGUCCCUCUCGGCCCGGCGCGGCGCCUCGGCCGGAGCCAUGACCUCGCUGACCCAGCGCAGCUCGGGGCUGGUGCAGCGGCGCACCGAGGCCUCCCGCAACGCCGCCGACAAGGAGCGGGCGGCGGGCGGCGGCGGCGGCAACGGCGAGGACGACGCGCAGGGCCGCCGCGACGAGCAGGACGACGACGACAAGGGCGACUCCAAGGAAACGCGGCUGACCCUGAUGGAGGAGGUGCUCCUGCUGGGCCUCAAGGACCGAGAGGGUUACACAUCAUUUUGGAAUGACUGUAUAUCAUCUGGAUUACGUGGCUGUAUGUUAAUUGAAUUAGCAUUGAGAGGAAGGUUACAGCUAGAGGCUUGUGGAAUGAGGCGUAAAAGUCUAUUAACAAGAAAGGUGAUUUGUAAGUCAGAUGCUCCAACAGGGGACGUUCUUCUUGAUGAAGCGCUAAAGCACGUUAAGGAGACUCAGCCUCCAGAAACGGUUCAGAACUGGAUUGAAUUACUUAGUGGGGAGACAUGGAAUCCAUUAAAAUUGCAUUAUCAAUUAAGAAACGUGCGGGAACGAUUAGCUAAAAACCUGGUGGAAAAGGGCGUAUUGACAACCGAGAAACAGAACUUCCUUCUUUUCGACAUGACGACGCAUCCUCUCACUAACAACAACAUUAAGCAGCGCCUCAUCAAGAAGGUGCAGGAGGCCGUUCUCGACAAGUGGGUGAACGACCCUCACCGUAUGGACAAGCGCCUGCUGGCCCUCAUCUACCUGGCCCACGCCUCGGAUGUCCUGGAGAACGCGUUUGCGCCCCUCCUGGACGAGCAGUACGACUUAGCCACCAAGCGCGUGCGGCAGCUCCUGGACUUAGACCCCGAGGUGGAGUGUCUGAAGGCCGGCACCAACGAGGUGCUGUGGGCGGUGGUGGCGGCCUUCACCAAGUGACCCUGCUCGGGACCAGGCGUCCUCCUUUCUCUCCCGGGAACCAGUCGUUUUUCUUCUAUGGACUUCUGGUUGUCUGCAGUUUGUACUUCCCACACUAUAAUUGGUUUUUGUUUUAUGAAAUGGUGGGUGGCUUUUUCUUUUGUGUACGUAUGCA